AUGACUGAACAUCCCAAAGGAGAUGGUGGUGAGUCGGGGACCCAGCCCGUUCUGGUGGAGGCCCACAACCCCAGCUCUAUCAUGUCCCAGCUCAGUACGAAGCACACCGGGUCUUUUGAUAUGGAGGAGAAAGAGGAAGUGCGAGCCAUCACCGGAUUCAAGUGGAUUUUGGUUGUGACUGCUAUCUUGUCCAGCCAUAUGCUCUUUGCUCUGGACAAUACAAUUGUGGCUAAUAUUCAACCGGCUAUUGUAGCGCAGUUCAAUGAAGCUGAUCAGAUUUCAUGGCUCUCUGUCGGAUUUACCCUUUGCUCAUCUGCAACUGUGCUUCCUUGGUCUAAGGUCUACGCGACUUACAAUGCUAAGUGGCUUUAUAUCGGGUGCGUCGUCCUAUUUAUGGCAGGUUCCGCUCUGUGUGGAGGUGCACCAAAUAUGAAUGCUAUGAUUGUUGGUAGAGCAAUGGCUGGCGCUGGAGGAAGUGGCAUGUACUUCGGCGUCUUGACGCAAUUUGCUGUCUCAUGGGGUAUUGGAACAGUCACUGGUCCAGCCAUUGGAGGCGCAUUCGCUGAAAGUGCCGCCACUUGGCGUUGGGCCUUCUACAUCAAUCUCGUGAUUGGAGCAGCCUUCGCCCCGGUGUAUUUCCUUCUCUUGCCUUCAUUCGAGCCCCUCCCAAAUGCUACCUCCAAGGAAAAGGCAAUGAAUAUCGACUGGGUUGGCAGCGUCCUUUUUAUUGGUGCCUUAACAACCUUGAUCAUGGGCAUUGACUUUGGAGGUGUGGAAUGGAAAUGGGGCAGCGGUCAGUCAAUUGCGCUCUUUGUAGUGUCAGGGGUGCUCUUCAUCGUGUUUGGGGCACAGCAGACCUUCUUCAUCUUCUGCAAUGAGCAAACUCGACUGUUUCCAGUUCACUUUCUCAAGAGCCGCUCCUUGUUGCUUUUAUUUAUUCUCAACACGAGCGCCAGCAGUGGACUGUUUAUUGCGGUUUAUUAUAUCCCAUUGUUUUUCCAGUUUACACAGGGAGAUACGGCCGUUCACACGUCGUUGCGUCUUCUACCUUUCGUGUUGGUUCUUAUCUUCACGAUUAUUGCCAAUGGCCACAUGAUGUCCAAGUUCGGUUACUAUAUCCCAUGGUACUUCUUCGGUGCUGCUUUUGAGCUUAUCGCCGCUGUUUUGAUGUAUCGCGUGAAGGCCGAUACCUCUGCUAGCGCAAUAUACGGAUACACGGCUCUGAUGGCGCUGGGCGUUGGUGCCUACAAUCAAGCAGGCUAUAGUGUGGUACAGGCAAAGGUACCGAAAGCUGAGAUUCCAUGGGCUUUGGGCUAUAUGAUGGUUUCCCAACUGGGGGGCAUUGUCUUAGCCUUGGGUAUAGCUGGUGCUAUCUUCGUCAACAAGACAACAAAAGAACUGCUACGGUUGCUCCCGGAUGCCAAUCCUGCCGAUGUCAAGAAUUCUAUCGCGGGAACGUCUAGUGGAUUCUUCAAGACCUUAACCAAGUCACAACAGACCGCAGCUCUUGACAUUAUUGUUUCAGCCAUCGACAAUGUAUAUGUUCUUUUAAUUGUUGCCGGUGCGCUCGGUGUCCUCCUCUCUCUCUUCUUGAAGCGUGAAAGAUUGUUCAUGGAAGCAGCAGCCGGUGGUGCCUAG